AUGCCUGCUCCUGGCAACUUCACUUUUAUCCUGUAUGCUCCGGACAUGACCAAUCCAGAGGCCUUCAAGAGCCGGAUGGACGUACGCGCACAGCAUUUGCAGGGCGCGAGGGAGCAUCACCACGAGGGUAUAUUGAAAAUCGGAGGCGCCAUUUUGUCCCCCGACGCAGAGAAGAAGAUGAUUGGAUCAAUCAUUAUCUUUGAAGCAGACAGCAUCGAGACUGUGAGGAAGACAGUGGAGGAAGAUGUCUACUACAAGGAGGGAGUGUGGGAUAAGGAGAAGCUCCAGAUUUACCCUUACCAGUCGCCUCACCUCUAG